UCUUUUUCGAUCGACACAUCACUCACUAGCUUGUUGCUGAUGCCAACGAGUGAAAAAUAGGAGCAGUUCGAUAGAUAAUUGCGUCACAGUAAAUAUAUUCAGCGGUUGUACAACCGUAUUUAAGGAUUGGAGAAUAGUCCAGUCGUUGUGGGUGAUGUAAACAGACAGAAGCUGAUGCUGUAACGCUGAUAACGCAUCAAUGCUUCAGGACGAGACUGCAAGGCUAAAAUAUAGCUAGCUAGCCGUUAGUUUGCCAGCCUUCAACGCUAAAGUCACCGCUUAGGGCCAAUGAAGCUGAAAUAAUCACUUGGAUAGUUCAUGUGACUUAGCUAAUAGCAGGCUGCUCAUCGGAGAAGACUGAAAAGGAUUCGUGGACAUGUCGUCUCCAUCACCGGUACAGAUAAGAGAGGCAAACGCACAUCUGGCUGCCCUGCACAGGCGGGUCGCAGAUCUGGAGCAGAAACUGGAGGCAGCCGGGAACACACUGCGGGAGCAGGCAGAGAGUCUCAUCCGGAAAGACGAGCAGCUCAGGGCAGCGACACAGGAAAUAACCGAGAGCAAGGACAGGGAGAUUUCCUACCUCCAUGAGAAGCUUUGCCAGUCAGAGGAAUCUAUUCAGAAACUUCAGCACAUAGUGAAGGAUAAAGAUUCCCUCAUUGGGCAGUUGCAGCAUCGCUGCCAGCUGUUGGACAACAUUUGCAAAAGCCGUCCUCUGUUAGACAGCAUGCUGGCUCAGAUGGCUGAGGUGGAGAGAAUGGGUCCUGUUAUUGACUUAGUGAAUGCCACAGCGGACACUUCGCUCACGGAUGGAGAGUCUAACUGCAGCCCAUGUGGCCUGUCCAACCACAAAGACUUUUCUCUCAGCGAAGAUGACAUGGACGAUCCGGAGCUAGAGGGCGUAAUGUUCGGAACGACAGUAUGAAAAGAAGAAUGAACUUAUCUUGUUUUCGUAUUUUGUGUCUUCGGUAGAGCAGAUGUGGAAGUUUGUCCAAUAUGAGAAACACUGGCAAGUUUUUGAUGGUUCUUUUUCAUCUGAAUGUGUAUUCAUUUUAAUCCAUUCCCUCUUUUUUUUGUUGUAUUUUUUUAAAUACCAUAGGUAUAAUUUAGUCAGGUGCUCCCAUUACAUUAUCUCUGUAAAGCUGGUUGAAAUGUGAACAGCCUAAGACAAUUAUUCACUAGGUUUUUACCUCAUUGACUAAUUUCUAAACCUUUUAAAUUACCUAGUGAUGUAAUUAAACUUGCCAGGUUUAUCUAUUUUUUUUAAAACCACAAUUAUUUAAGAACCGUCAUUCAGCAAGACAAGAACAUGAGAUGCCUCACUUGUAGUAUACAUGACCUUUAUCCUGUAGUGUCUCAUCCUAUUUGAUUCUGUGGCACUAGCAUUUUUUUAUACAAAUACAGAGGUUACUGAUGCAUUGAAAUGGUCAAUACGAUAGAGUUGGUUGCAAAUCUUAGUCAGUUUUUUAAUGCUUUAGUUUUUAAUUUAUUGUAAUUGUAAUACCCAUGUUGCUUUUUUACAAGCAAUCAGGUAAGAAAAAAAAAAUCCAUUUUAUUUUCAGUUACAUGGUAAUUUGGCUCAAACGGUUAAGGCUGUGGCUUACUGGGUUACUGAUCGUAAGGCCGGGGAUUCAAGUCCCAGCAAGUUGUUACUGUUGAACCCUUGAGCAAGGCCCAAAACCCUAUCUGCUCCAGGGGCGCUGUAAGUUGGCUGACCCUGCUUCCUAACAGGGAAAUGCGAAAAAUAAUUUCACUGUGCUGUAUAGUACAUGUGACAAUUUAUUAUUAAUUAUUUUAGCCUGAACUCAUGCAAGCAUUCAGGAAUGGUUUCAUCUCACUACAUGGUUUUUCAUUCAUUCAUCAAAAAUGACAUUCAAGUGGGUAAAUGUUGCACAUAUUCUAGCUAUAAGCUGUACUAUUUGGAACAUUACAGCUAGAAAAAAAAUUAAUCUGUUAAAUAUCUUACUCUGUUUUAUGCAAAGGUAAAGUGUGCUAUUGCAUCAUGGCACAGUGCUAGUGUAAUCAGGGCAUGUGUGCGUUACCUUUUAUUUUCUACAAAGUUAAUUGGUGCCUCAAAUGUGAUCACUUGGUCUAUUGGAUUAUUUAUUCUACACUAAUAAACUAAACUAUUUUGCUAUUCUGUA